AUGACAUCGUCCAUCAAAAGCAUUGCCAUAGUCGGCGUCACUGGCACAAUAGGGACAUAUCUCACUCACGCUUUAUUGGCAAAGAAUCACCUCACCAUCACCGCAAUCUCGCGCCAGGAUUCGAAGGCAGAGUUUCCACCCAACAUACAGGUCGUACGAGUCAACUACGAUGACCACGGCUCUAUCACCGAAGCACUGAAAGGCCACGAUGCUCUCAUUAUCACCACCUCCAUCUUCGCGCCGAAGGAUACAUCAGCAAAACUCAUCAAGGCUGCAGCAGCUGCAGGCGUACCCUGGAUCCUUCCGAAUGAGUUCGGCAUGUACAACACCGAUGAGGUAGCAAACGAAACCAUUGGGACCAGCAAGAAGGAAGAUCGCGAACUCAUCGAGUCCCUCGGGGUGUCAUCCUGGAUCGGCAUCAGCUGUGGGUUUUGGUACGAGCAUUCACUCUCGAAUGGCGAGCUGUACGGCAUCGACAUCAACGAGCGAAAGGCCACGUUCUUUGACCAUGGAACGCAAAGACUAAACACUUCGACAUGGCCGCAAGUUGGUCGUGCGGUCGCUGCAUUACUUUCGCUGCCUGUUGAUACGAGCGGUGAACAAGGUGCUCCAACAACACUGAGCACGUAUCGCAACCGCAUGGUAUACGUGUCGUCGUUUACGGUCAACCAGAAAGAUAUGUUCGAAUCAGUAAAGCGGGUCACCGGAACAACGGACAGCGACUGGAACAUUACAUCUGAGCCAGCCAAACAACGUUACGAGAAUGCGCGUGAGCGUUUGAGGAAUGGCGAUCGUGUCGCGUUUGGACGGGUGUUGUAUACAAGGUACUUCUACGAAGACGCGGGCCUGUUUGAGAAGACGCACGGUUUGGACACAGAGAAUUUGGGGCUGCCGAAAGAGGAUUUGGAUCAAUCUACGAAGAAAGCUGUGAGCUUGGUGGAAAACGGAUACUGGGCGAAGUAUGGCCAGUAAAAAGUAGUCCAAAGAAACUCAAACAAGGGUUAGAC